GUGUCAGUCAGGUCGGGAGCGCGGCGGGGGACAGCGGAUACCCGGGCGGCUGACAGGGGGCCCGGGCCACUGCCGUGUUGUCCGCUCAAGAUGGAGUUCCUCCUGGGGAACCCGUUCAGCACCCCGGUGGGGCAGUGCCUCGAAAAGGCAACAGAUGGCUCCCUGCAAAGCGAAGACUGGACGUUGAACAUGGAGAUCUGCGACAUUAUCAAUGAGACGGAGGAAGGGCCAAAGGACGCCAUUCGAGCCCUGAAGAAGCGGCUCAACGGGAACCGGAACUACAGAGAAGUCAUGCUGGCGUUAACAGUGCUGGAGACAUGUGUGAAGAACUGUGGCCACCGCUUCCACAUCCUUGUGGCCAACCGAGAUUUCAUCGACAGCGUCCUGGUCAAAAUCAUCUCUCCCAAGAACAACCCUCCCACCAUUGUCCAGGACAAGGUGCUAGCUCUGAUCCAGGCGUGGGCUGAUGCCUUUCGAAGCAGUCCUGACCUCACCGGCGUUGUGCAUAUAUACGAGGAGCUGAAGAGGAAAGGGGUCGAGUUUCCCAUGGCAGACUUGGACGCUCUGUCUCCCAUACACACACCACAGCGGAGCGUCCCCGAAGUGGAUCCGGCCGCGACCAUGCCCAGGCCCCAGUCGCAGCAGAGGACGAGUGCCAGCUCCUAUUCCUCGCCUCCUCCUGCUCCCUACUCCGCUCCGCAGGCCCCGGCUUUGAGCGUGACUGGCCCCAUCACGGCCAAUUCAGAACAGAUUGCCAGGCUUCGGAGUGAACUGGACGUCGUUCGAGGAAACACAAAAGUCAUGUCUGAGAUGUUAACAGAGAUGGUCCCCGGGCAGGAGGAUUCGUCCGAUCUGGAGUUGCUGCAGGAGCUGAACAGGACCUGCCGGGCCAUGCAGCAGCGCAUCGUGGAACUCAUCUCCCGCGUGUCCAACGAGGAGGUCACCGAGGAGCUGCUGCACGUCAACGAUGACCUCAACAACGUCUUCCUCCGCUACGAGAGGUUCGAACGAUACAGGUCAGGCCGAUCAGUUCAAAAUGCCAGUAACGGAGUACUGAACGAAGUGACUGAAGACAACUUAAUAGACCUGGGGCCGGGGUCUCCAGCUGUGGUGAGCCCAAUGGUGGGGAACACGGCACCCCCAUCUUCUCUCUCCUCCCAGCUUGCAGGCUUGGACUUGGGGACAGAGAGCGUCAGUGGCACCCUCAGUUCACUCCAGCAGUGUAAUCCCCGUGAUGGCUUUGACAUGUUUGCCCAGACGAGAGGGAACUCCUUGGCCGAGCAACGCAAGACGGUAACCUACGAGGACCCCCAGGCUGUUGGAGGACUCGCUUCUGCACUAGACAGUCGGAAACAGAGCUCCGAAGUGAAGAGAGGUAAAGGUGGGGACUCUGACCUGGAGCCCAUAGACAGCUGGCUCAUAACCCAAGGAAUGAUCCCCGUUGCGCAGCCCUCUGUCAUGGACGACAUUGAGGUGUGGCUCAGGACGGACCUGAAGGGCGACGACCUGGAAGAGGGCGUCACAAGUGAAGAAUUCGAUAAAUUCCUCGAAGAAAGAGCCAAAGCUGCUGAAAUGGUUCCCAACCUCCCCUCGCCCCCAGGGGAGGCCCCGGCCCCGGCCCCAGCCUCAAACCCCGCCGGUCGGAAGAAGCCUGAGCGGUCAGAGGAUGCCCUCUUUGCCCUGUGAGCUGUUCUGCGGUUCGGCUCUCCACAUGGCAGGUCACUCCUUAUUCCCCCGGUCCACACUAGGCACUGGCCACUCCUCCCAUCCCCAGUCCUCACUCGGUCCUGUGCUGCUGUGUCUCCAUGGAAACGCCACUGUGUUUGCUCCCAGGCCUCCCACUAGUCAGGACCAGCUUUAGCCACCUUCUUCUCUCUGGGUGGUGGGACAGCAUCCAUGCAGCCAGAGGCUCUCUUCCCCUGCCCCCGCCCCUCUGGCCCACAGGCUCCCUCUACCCAUGUGUCCUCCCCAGAAGAACAGGCAGUGGGACCCAGCCCCAGGCAGGGCAGUCCCCGUGGGACCAUUUCCUGAGGAGACACCUGGACUGCCUUUCCUCCGGUUUCUGCCCACAGAGAAGGGGGUUCCACCCCAGCCCCUUCCCCCCGACCCCGUGCCCUGCCCCUACCUGACUCAGUGGGUCUCCUUGGACCGGCCUACGCUCCCAUGCCCCUGUUCCAGAAAGGGCUUGUCUGCACCUGUGGGCUUGGUCUCCCUCCCUGGAAUGCUGCUCCCUGACGCGUGUCACCUUGUGGCACUUGGCGUGCUCGGCACUUUAGAAGGCUCUGUGGGUGCCCUUGUGUGAGGCUUCUCGCCCUCUUGGUCCUCUCUCCAUCGCUCAGCUGCUGACCCAGGCCCACGCCAGGCUGGCUUAGCAGCUGAGCCUGGGAGCGAGGGGUCCCCGGUGGACCCAGGGAGAGGGAGAGCCAAAGGCAGUUGCAAAGACGGCAUGCGACCCAUGGAUGAUGGUCACGAGGCACACGGCUUAGCUCCUGCAGAGAUAACACAACCGUAAACCAAACUGCCCCUCGUCCCCAUCUGUGGAGGGGCCCGCACGGGGAGGAAUUGCUCUGGCUGCUUGGGAAAGCUUGGUGGGCUUGUGAGCACACCAGGCUCGGGGCUUUGGCCUGGUCCGUGGCAGCCUCUGUGCCUCUACCUCCGGGGCCCAGGAGCAGAUGGCUCUGCACCGUAUUUGGAGAUCCAGUGACCAAGGGGCCGGAGUGACCCUAGGGUCCCUGCACUGCUCCUUGGUGUGGUCUCCGCUUCCUCCACAGAACGUCCUGACAGCCUGCCCUCUCCCCGCCCCCCAACCCCCCUUGCUGCCGAUUUGUACCCUCUCUCCAAGCCAACCUAGAAGACUGACAGCCUGGGGCUGAGAGCUAGGGGUUGAGGACACCUGCUCCCGCCACCGGGUGUCUCCUGGCCGUGGGCAGGACGCUCCGGCUCGGUGCGGUCCAGGGGGCAGCCCGCCCCGCCCCGCCCCUGUGCCGCGGUUGGCCAGGAAAAGAAAAAUGCUGCAGCAGCUGCUCCGAGCCCGCCCGUGAGUCCCCGGGGCCCGGGUCAGUGUUCCAGAAGGUGCUGCCCAGGUAUCGGGGGCAGACGUGUUCCCGAGCCGUGGCGUGGCCAGCCCUUCCCACUUGGCAGCCGGAGUGGGGUCAAGAGGCCGGGCUGGGCGCAGGCCAACACCAGUGCCUCGGGCUCUGGAAGAAGCAUUUAGGCCACGGCCCAGCACCUCUGGUGGAGAGCGAGGCGCUGCCUAGCCCAGAACCCUGUGCCCUGGUCCGGGGUCUGGCUGGGGGCCCUCCUGGCAGGACCAGCCGGGGGUGUCACACUCCCGAUUCCUCAGAGGAUGUGCAGGAAACUCCCCCUCAGAGAUCAGAGCUCAGCCAGCCUGACUCCAGCCCUGCCCUCCCUGGCAGCCAGUGCCACGCCUCUACUGUCCCCCCUCACCCCGACCCCACCCCUCGGUCCUCUCCUCCUCUUGUCAACAUUGCUCACAGGCAGAGCCCCCUGAGGUCUGCCUAUUUGGACGUUAGGAAGUCUUAAGUCAGCUGGCUUGACGUGAGCUGCCGAGAAGGUGGUUGGGAUGGUCCGAUUACACCUAGCGACCCAGCUAGUACCCUCCAGCGGCCUGGAGCGCUGGUCUCUGUGAGGGCCAGGGGCCCGUCCCUCCGCAGCCAAGCCCGGCAGCCUCUGAGGGAAGAGCCAGCGUCCCCGCCUUGUGGAAGGAGAAGUCCCCCCCAAGAGCAGGAGCCUGAAGGGCCCAAGGGGAGAGGAGGCUCCUGGCAGGGAGUAAAGCCGAGGCCUGUGUCUGUCUGGGGGAGAACCCAGCACAGCUGCUCUUAGUACCCACAGUCCAGAGCUGCCCCCCAACUCCAGGCAGGGCUUGGAGAGUCCUGGCCGCCCCUGGGCGGCAGAUGGUGAUGGAGCCUAUGGGCUGGCAGGAAGGCACUGGCUCACACAGGGGAGAGCCCCCUGCCUUCCCGGCCUACAGCUGCCCUUCCUGUUGACAAGUCCCGUCCAGAGGCAGCCUGCCCCUACCUGGAGGCUGAGGUGACACAUGCGUGAGGCCCGUGCAAAAAGCCAAGCAGGGGCCCAGGUGGCCUUAAGGGGGUGCUGCUCAGCCCUUUCUGUCCUGUGGCCCGCAGGCACCCUAGGCCACUCAACCACUGGUUCCCUUCCAUGUGGGGAGCACAGCUCCCAGGCUCCCUGCUUGGGGAAGGGAGCCGAGCUCCGGCAGGAAAGCUGGCCAGUGCCUACCCCCCGGGAGAGUGAGACCCUCACGAGCCACCAGCCGCUCCACAAGUGUUAGAAAUCACAGAUACAGUAUGUACUUAAUUACACUAAAUUAUUGCUGGGAUUCCUUAUAAGCACUAAUUAUACCUGAUUAUAGGUUAAAAUAUUUAUUUUGUCAAAAUAUUUUCUUGGGAAUGUGUUUAACCUUUUCUGUGUUCAUUGUGUGCUGAGAUGAGAAAACUAACCAUUUCUUCCUGCCUACUUUUGUGGCCAGUGGGCAGCUGACCCAGGGCACACUAGUGGGCUUUGGGCCAGCCUGGCCCAGAGCAGUCCCUGCCUGGGAGCCCCCCCUCCCAGGGACUGAGCAGGCCGACGGGCCAGGCCGAGAGGUGACCCGCCUGCUUAUCAGCCGGCACGGGACAAGGGGUCUCUGAGCUGAAAGGGCUUAAUGCUGGCUGGGGCCGGAGGGAAGGGUGACUUCGUCCGUGGUCCGUCCUGUCUUUCUGUUUUGUCAGCCCCAUCGGUGUGAGUGACUGGGCCAUCUGCCUUGGCUCACUGCCCUUCCCUUCCUCCCCCUGGGGUCCAGAGCAAGGGGGCCUGGGGAGGUGUGGGGCCCUCACUGUCGCUCAGGGCCUCCCACAGGGAGAGUGGUGGCAAGGGCUGUGGAUAGCGGUGGCAGCAGGCACCUGGACCCCUCCGGCUUCAUGGAGCAGACAGUUGCUCAGCCUCCUACACUCUUGUCCCUCCUCUUCCUUCCUGCCGCCCACCCCCACUUUGUCUCCACGUCUGCUACACACGUUUCUAACUCAGUCUGACCCAGCCUUCUGGAUGGUUUGUGGAGGACUGUGGGCUAGCAGGGGAAAAGCACCAUGCAGGAGUGCCGUGUUCUCUGCCUGGCCCCAGCCGGCCCACCACGAGCCUGUCCUCCAUGUGCUGUAGGGACUCUGGGCCCCUCUGCUCGUCCACCCCCAUGGGGAACAGCCAGCUUCACCACCAUGGCUGAGUGUGCGUGCCCCCAGAAGAUGCCCCCUGUGGUACCCGCCUCUCCCAGUGCCUGUCUCCGGCCCUUCCUGUCCACGGGGGUCCAAGCCAGGCCGCCCCUGCGGCCACCAUCUGUCAGCCCUGAAGUUCUACUCUCGUGUCUGAAAUCUCCAGGCUCCCCUGGAGAAAGGGGGAUGGAUAUUUAUUUUCUAAAGUUUGCACUUAAUUUGUGAGGGUCUCAGGAUGGGGGGGGUGGGCUGUUGAAAGAGAGAUGUGUUGAGUUUGUUGUCCAGUCCUGGAAGUCUAAUGUUCUGUCACUGUUGUGGGUUUCUGUGGGCAGAGCCGGUUCUGGAGGGUGGGUCGGUGCACUCGAGGCUCAGCGCGUCCAUCCACCCACUGGCUCUCCUUCCAGAUACUGUCUCUCUAGUUUGGGUUCUUGCAUGUAAAAUACAAUAAAUAAAUGAACAAACUGUUCCUGUGUGA